AUGUCAACGUUGGAGGGGAAUGAACUAUGGAAAGAAUGUGUCCGAUGGAUGGUAGAUAUAGGAGUGCUUGAUCCUCGAAUCGCACCACGAAACUCAAUGUUAGACUUCGCCACAAUGUUAAGAGACGGUGUACUAUUAUGCCGAUUGUUAAACGAAUUAGCUCCAAAUUGUAUCGAAGAAAAGGAAAUCCAACGGCGGCAGCAUAUGUCAGAAUUCACUUGCCACAAGAACAUUUGUCUAUUUCUGGGAGCGUGCAAAACUGUUUUUAAUUUGAAGCAGGAGCAAAUGUUCGAGGCGUGGGAGCUUUUUCGUUUACAAGACUUUGCAAAGGUUCUGUCCGUCCUAUCUAUGUUGUCUUACUCGGAGCCAUCAUUGAAAAAGAGCAUAAGGCCAUUUCCUUCCGAGCAAAGUUCGACAACAUCUCCCACUGUUCCUCUUCGAAUAUGUCCUCCUCCAGAAGAGGAGGCAAUUUAUCGCAGUUUGCAAGACGAUGUAGAAAAGGUCGACUUAGAUGCUGCUAUCUACGAUAUUUCCCCCACAAAGAAAGAAGAGGAAGAGCCGCAGUUCAUCUACGACCAUAUCGUUUGUAGAAAAGACAGUCAACGGAAGCAAGACGUGUGGUCGACUUUUACGCCAUCCUGUAAACGAGAGCACUGUAUGAAAGAGUUGCUGGAUACGGAACAGAACUAUGUGGAGAAGGCAUUAAAUAUGAUUAUAAAUAAGUUCUACGAACCACUCCAGAAGGUUGUUCGUGAGGCGGACCACAAAGUGAUUUUUAUGAAUAUAAUGGCUCUUUGGAAUUUGCACCAUUCAUUUCACAGUGAUUUACGGCAUGCAGUCUUGAAAACGCUUGGGCUGAAUCAAAAUAGUGAGGGCCGUCCGAACUCACUCUCAUUUGGGAGGACGAUUGGAGAUGUUUUUCUUCAGCACAAAGAUAAAUUCAUUGCCUAUGGGCCUUAUUGUAUGGGUCUUGGUGAUUCUCGAGCGCGAAUUCUCGAUUUGGAGAAGAACGAUCCCGGUGUUAAAGCAAAAAUUUAUGAGUGUACGGCAUCCGUUAACGACAACCAAUUUAAAUUACAAGAUCUUCUAUGUCUGCCGAUGCAGCGUGUAUUGAAAUACCACAUAUUACUAUCGGAGAUGAUAAAAUCAACACCGAUCGAUGCUCCGGACCGAAAGUCUCUCGAAUUAGCAAAAGAGGCGAUGGACGACGUGAACUCAUAUGUGAAUGAGAUGAAACGUGAUAAUGAGACUAGACAACUAAUCACUGAGGUCCAAAACAGUAUCACUGAGCUAACUAUGCCUGAAGACGUGACAUUAAUGGAUUAUGGUAGGCUGAAUGCCGAUGGUGAGGUGCGGCUCUCAGAAUCUACUAGUCAACAGUUUGGGAAAAUGAAAACGCGUCAUGUUUUCGUUUUUGACAAGGUUUUGAUCAUUUGCAAAGCCAACCGGAAUAAUACCUACACUUACAAGGCUGCUUAUAUUGUCUCUGAACUUCAUCCAAGUCUUGAUAAUCCUAUGCCGGAUGGAAAAAUGGGGACGAUUUCCAGGAAAAUUGCCUCUGCCAAUCAGCAUUUACUUUACUUGGUUCGAGAGGAACGGGCAUGUACACAGGAUUCCGUUAGACAUUUGACCCUCGCUUUCAAACUCUUGCAACAACGCGAAAAAUGGCUGCAUCAUUUCGAGCUAGCUCGCAACAACGUUCUCCCUGAACAUGCUGAAGGGACCGGGCAUAAGUUACACUACAAAAGCUUCAAGGUUGAUGUACCAUACAAAUGUUCUGUCUGCGAUAAGUUCCUAAAAGGCCUUUUCUUCCAAGGAUAUAAAUGUGAAAAUUGUGGUGGUCUACUCCACAAGGCAUGCAUAGGACUACGACCAUGUGCAGGUCGCAGACACACAACCUCAGUGUCGCAUAGCAGCUCAUUCACGAACGGGACCCACUUCAGACACAGUUCCUUCGGAUUAUCCGCCGGAGAUCAGGUCAUUGCUUUGUCAAGAUCUCCUGUUAACGACCAUGGAUUUCUGCAAUUCGACAAAGACGACAUCAUCGAAAUUAUUCAAAAUCAUGGAAAUGGCUCAUUUACGGGUUGCCUUGUGAACGACAGGCAGAGUGUUGGCCUUGUACAAAGUGAGCACGUCCGACGAGUGCGGACGAACUCUGUACAAGGCAUGUGCUCGCCUUUGGACAGCCCGAUCGGUUUGCGUGUGGAUCGAAAGGAAUCCACAGUGUUACCGAAACGAAUGCUAGGAAACGGGAUGACCCCGAUUCCACAGCAAGACUAUGUAAACACCGAAGUCAGCCUGCAGCCAUGGUACAUGGGUGACUUGGAACGAGCUGAUUCCGAAGCCAAGUUGAGAGGAACACCAAACGGGACGUUCCUCGUGCGAUAUAGCAAGAAUCGACGUAGCUACGUGAUCAGCAUCAGUUAUGAAGGCGAGGUGAAGCAUACUGUUGUGGAACAACGCGAUAAUUCUAUAUACUACUUGGAUGAGGGCUAUGUGUUCAAUAGUAUUGUGGAACUAGUGAACUAUUACCGGGAAAACAAUCUCUGCGAAAGUUUCAAUUCGCUGAACACUACCCUCAAGAAUGCUUACCGAACAUGCAAGUUGUUCCGUGUGAUCCAUGACUUCGAUGCGACUGAGCCGAAAUUCUUAACUUUGCGCAAAGGAGAUCGUUUGACCCUCGUAGAUGUUAUUGGAGAAGAUCGCGGUUGGUGGAAAGGACAAAUUGCAGACAGGAUUGGUUUCUUUCCACUAAGUUAUGUGGAGCCGUGGAAAGAGUGA